AUGGCGCGCCCUUCCUGGGGCGACGCUGCCGCCGCCAUCUUUGCUGAGGGCACGGCGGGCAGAACCUGCCCACCACCCACCCCCAAUCUGCACCCACAUCCCACUCUGCCUCCAUCACCUGACGCCGCACGCAUCCCUCCAUCCCAUUGGCAGAACCGGGAGGUUUUUCCUUCCUCCCCCUUCUCUCCCAGCUCCUUGGAUAUCUAUUUUUCCCAUAUUUUUUUUUCUCUCCCUCCUCUGGAGGGUGUUUGCUAUUUCCGAGCUGGCUGGGAGGAUCCCAGUCGCAUCAGCCGCAGGCAGCGACGCGGCAUCGCCGGGUACCACUGCGAUCCCUCCGGCAUCCUCCGUCCUUCCCGCUUGGAUCAGCCCCGCCGGGGCUCUCUGUCCUGCCCUCCCUUCCCAUCUCCUGCCCUGCCGCUCCACCGGCAUCCCCGCGCCUCCCGGCAGCCCCCCGGCACGGCCAGGAGCUCAGCCCCUCCGGCCAUGGAGCUGCUCUCCACCCCCAAAAACAUCGAGAUCAACAACAUCACCUGCGAUUCCUUCCGCAUCUCCUGGGCUAUGGAGAAGGGGGACCUGGAGAGGGUCACCCACUACUUCAUCGACCUCAACAAGAAGGAGAACAAGAAUUCCAACAAGUUCAAGCACCGGGAUGUCCCCACCAAGCUGGUGGCCAAGGCGGUGCCGCUGCCCAUGACGGUGCGGGGCCACUGGUUCCUGAGCCCCCGCACCGAGUACAGCGUGGCCGUGCAGACGGCGGUGAAACAGAGCGACGGCGAGUACCUGGUGUCCGGCUGGAGCGAGACCGUGGAGUUCUGCACCGGGGACUACGCCAAGGAGCACCUGGCCCAGCUGCAGGAGAAAGCGGAGCUGAUCGCCGGCCGCAUGCUGCGCUUCUCCGUCUUCUACCGCAACCAGCACAAGGAGUAUUUCCAGCACGUCAGGAUGCACUGCGGGAACGUGAUGAAGCCGUCACUGAAGGACAACAGCGGGAGCCACGGCUCGCCCACCAGCGGGAUGCUGCACGGCAUCUUCUUCAGCUGCAACACCGAGUUCAACACCGGGCAGCCCCCCCAGGACUCGCCCUACGGCCGGUACCGCUUCCAAAUCCCGGCCCAGCGCCUCUUCAACCCCAACACCAACCUCUACUUCGCGGACUUCUACUGCAUGUACACCGCCUACCACUACGUCGUGCUGGUCCUGGCGCCCAAGGGCUCCUCCGGGGAUCUCUUCUGUCGGGAGCGCCUUCCCCAGCUGGACAUUUCCUCCAACAAGUUCCUGACGUGCUGCGUGGAGGAGGGCGAGCUGGUGUACCGCCACGCCCAGGACAGCAUCCUGGAGGUCAUUUACACGGAGCCGGUGGACCUGAGCCUCGGCGUGCUGGGGGAGAUCAGCGGCCACCAGCUCAUGAGCCUCUCCACCGCCAACGCCAAAAAGGACCCCAGCUGCAAGACGUGCAACAUCAGCGUGGGGCGUUAAGGGGCGAGAGAGGGCAGGGCCGGGCAGGGGGAUGGCUGCUCGCCUCGGGGGCUUCUCCCACGGACGCUGGUGGGUGGAGGACAUGGCUGGGCUCGGGGAAUCCGGGAGGUGCCCCGAGGAAGGAGCCGGCGGGAUGCUGGCGCAGCAAGGAGGCAGAGCCCGCGCCGCUGUGCGCCCCGAGGGAGGAAGCCUUCAUCUCCUGGACUGGCCGACCAGCAUCAUCCUCGCUGGCGUGAGCCCCGAGCUCUGCCCUGCUCCGCGCAGCCGCUGCGGGACCCCCCAUCCCUUCCCCUCCGGUGUCCCCCGCAUCCCCCCCACCCCAGGUUCACGCAGCUC